CGGAGCCUUCAGACCGGGACCCCCCCCCCCCCUUCCCGCCCGUCCCCGAGCCGGGACUUCCUCCCUGCACCCCUGCCCCGAGGCUGCCCCGCGGCCGGGACCGCCGCCUAGCGUCUGUGGAUGCUCGCCGGGCUGGGGCCGGGAGGCUCGGAGGAGGCUCCGGAACCCCCGUGUCCGGCCCUGCCCGAGGCAUUUCUUCAAUGGAGAAGUUGGUGAGUGUGGAGGAGGCUGAGAGGAGGAAGCGCCGCAGCAGCUGAGGAGACAGGUUUGGUGUUUGGCUCCCGAGCCUGGAAAGCAAGAGGAGGCCUGCCCACCCACCUGGGAAGUAGCCGAGAGCUUCUAGCGGUAGCAUCCUCCGUGCAGGUAGAGGAAGCUGGUCCGUCACCCGGACGCACUCUGAGACCCGCCCCACGAUGCUGUAUGUGCACAAUGCUUACUAGGCGGCCCCCUCCCAGGAAAAGGGACUUUCUUCCAGAAGAAAUGGAGGCCUACUCGGAGAUGUGCCUAAUCUGUUCCUGGAAAUUAGCCCAGAUGGAGUGGCUUCCUAAAAGAAUGCUGACCCCUGUGACCUAAUGCAUCCUUUGUAAGCAGUGGACUCCGCUAGGAUGUUACACCACCACUGUCGGAGGAACCCUGAGCUCCAGGAAGAGUUGCAGAUCCAGGCUGCGGUGGCCGCCGGGGAUGUCCACACCGUCCGGAAGAUGCUAGAACAAGGCUAUUCCCCGAAUGGCCGGGAUGCGAAUGGCUGGACCCUGCUCCACUUCUCAGCAGCCAGAGGAAAGGAAAGAUGUGUCCGUGUCUUUCUAGAACACGGAGCUGACCCCACGGUCAAGGACUUAAUCGGCGGCUUCACGGCGCUGCACUACGCCGCCAUGCACGGCCGGGCCCGCAUCGCGCGCCUGAUGCUGGAGUCCGAGUACCGGAGCGACAUCAUCAACGCCAAGAGCAACGACGGCUGGACUCCCCUGCACGUGGCCGCCCACUACGGCCGGGACUCGUUCGUCCGCCUCCUGCUGGAGUUCAAGGCCGAGGUGGACCCGCUCAGCGACAAGGGCACGACGCCGCUGCAGCUGGCCAUCAUCCGGGAGCGCUCGAGCUGCGUGAAGAUCCUGCUGGACCACAGCGCCAACAUCGACAUCCAGAACGGCUUCCUGCUGCGCUACGCCGUCAUCAAAAGCAACCACUCGUACUGCCGCAUGUUCCUGCAGCGCGGGGCCGACACGAACCUGGGCCGCCUGGAGGACGGCCAGACGCCCCUGCACCUGUCUGCCCUCCGCGACGACGUGCUCUGCGCACGGAUGCUGUACAGUUACGGGGCGGACACGAACACGAGGAACUACGAGGGGCAGACCCCGCUGGCGGUCUCGCUCAGCAUUUCGGGCAGCGGGCGGCCGUGUCUGGAUUUCUUGCAGGAAGUCACACGGCAGCCCCGAAACUUGCAGGACCUGUGCCGAAUUAAAAUCCGACAGUGUAUAGGCCUUCAGAACCUAAAGCUACUUGACGACCUCCCCAUUGCCAAGGUCAUAAAAGACUACUUAAAACACAAAUUCGACGGCAUCUGACAGACACAGGCCCCCGGGCGCGGGGCCGGGCGCUCUGUCCCAGAUACCCCUAAGGCCGUUCGCCUUGCACAAAGUAUAUCCUAUGCAAUUUCUGAUCCGCCGAGAAGUCAGAAAGCAGGUGUACACUUUUAGAUGUUUAUUCUUUCUGUUUGUUUUUUUUAUUUUCUCGUUCGUUUGUUCGGUUGGUUUUCGUUGUACGGGAGGGGUUGUUGGUUUUAUAUAUAUAUCUAUCUAUAAACACACCACAUGCUU